GCACCAUGACUAGUAAGCUCACUGGACGAGAUCUUUUCUAUUUCACCUACAUUUGUUUCAGCCUCUUGUCAGUUUGCCUAUGUAAUAGUGACAAAACAGCCGCAAAUUUAACAUAUUGCGUUAUGGACACUUCGUUGCAUCCGAUAAUUAUUGCUGUUGUUGUGUGUUUUGUAACUGCUAUACUAUAUUGGUUAUCAUUCAGAAAGAGACUUAAAAACGUGUUGUUUAUUGGUGCUUGUGAUUCAGGGAAAACAACUCUUUUUUCAUCUAUUGUUUAUGGAAAUCCAUCUUCCACUUUUACAUCUCUCAAAGAGAAUGUUGGAAAUCUAAAAAUAGAUAAAAAAGCCCUUGUUCUUGUAGAUAUUCCUGGACAUGAUAAAGUUCGCAACGAGAUAAUUCACAAAUAUAAAUCGGACACGUUGGCAUUGGUAUUUGUCAUAGAUUCAAAGUCUAUUCAGAGUGACGUAAAAGAUGUUGCUGAGCAAGUCUUCCUAUUCUGUAUAACAAUUGUCAAUACGUUUUGUAGGUUUUUGUACAAUAUACUUGUGGAUAAGGUUUUUAUAAAGAAUCGCGUAAAAUUACUAGUAGCUUGCAAUAAACAAGAUGCUACCACGGCAAAAGGUGUCAGUGUAGUGACUCAUUUGCUUGAAAAAGAAUUGAAUACUCUUACAUUUACACGUACUGGUGCGCUUGCUGGCCUCGAUCAGUCCACGAUAUCAACAUUGACAAAGCCGGGAGUGACCUUCACUUUUGCAAAAAGUCGUUUACCUGUGGAUUUUGUUGAAAUUUCUGCUACAAAUAAUGCUUCUGCAAUUCAUAAGUGGCUUGUGCAACUAUAAGUUUGCGAGAAAACUUACUGUUCUUGUAUUAAAAGAUACCUGAGUUCUCCUCUUAUUAAUACAUUUUUAUUAACACUA